ACGGAGCUCGGUCACUGAAAAUCGAGGAGGAGCGAGGCGUAGCCACGACCUGGAAACGGACGAUGAUCACGGGAUAGUCCCUGGGAAAUAUGGGAGGAUCUACGCUCUCGACCACUCGGAGACGGACGUCUUUUGUACUUUUAUAAAAGUAUCAUCGUCGUCGAAGUGCGCCCGGGACCAAUCGCGCUUAGCUUCCUUCCGUAUUAAGGCCGGUAUCGAUCAUCUUCAUCCUCCUCGUCGUCGAUACUCGAAAGAACUGGUGCCUUGGUUGAUUCGCUCCGGUAUUUUCCCCGAGCCCCGAGCUUCAAGAAUUCUCUCUCGCUCCGCGGGAAAGGAGAGCGGAUUGUAAAUUAGGAAAUUGCCAGCUAUUUUCCUUCUGAUCGGAUAACUGCUGCCUAAUUGAUAGCGUCUAUUAAAGAACGAAUAAAUCGCAAGUAGAUAGAAUAUUCGAUAUCGGUUGUUUAACAUUUCAAUUCGCAGAAAAAAUUAUUGAACAGAAGGCACUGGCUUUCUCUUUGUUUAUACGGAUCUUUUUGAAAUUAUUCGAUGAUUUCGAAUCUUUAAGUUUCGAAGGAUUUAUAAAAUGACAUAAGAGACAGUUCCUUCAUCGCAAAGACGUAAAAUUCCAACUUUUCCGAACGUCGGUAUCAAAUUCAUCGCUCAGACACUUCGAGCAGCCUUCAAGAAGAACGGUGCCUUGCCCAUCAUGUGCUCAUUUUUCGGUCAUCCGUAAGUCGAGCUUUAUCGUGUCUGAGAAACGACGGGAGAAAGAAGAAUCGUGCAAUUUCUGGCCGCGCACGUUUUAUUGGAUAUCCUUUGUCCGUAAUUGCGGGACGUGCUCAUCCCGACGAAUCGUCUACGAAAGAUAUGAAGCGCCGCGCUGUCUCUAGCUGCGACGAGACACUCGCAGAACAGGGAUCUUAAUUUCAACCGGAUAAAAUCGUCGGAAAGAGUAAAGCCAACGAGAUGUGAACGAGAUCGUCCGACUGUUCCGAUUGGUUCCGAUUGUUUCGUAACGAACGAAUUAAAUUACCUCGCUGGAGCGUGGCGACGUCAACACUACGAUUGGAAUCUUGAGAUUACGUCGGGAAAGAGGAUAUUACGCGACAAAUUGGAGGCUAUACCAAUGCGAACAUCGAUCCCUUUUGAGAAUCAAGUGAUAAUCGUUAGUAUUCAACGGGCUACGAAAUUAGACAAGCUUCUGAUUCAGUUCUAAUCGAAAUAAUUUCUUCGAGCAUAAUCAAGAACGAUCCACUGCCAAUCCAGAGCCUCAGUCUGUAUAUCGCGAGAGCGAAAGAGAAACACGAGAAUAAUGUCGAUGACACAAUUUAAGAAAGGCAUCGGCACUCGUCGUUCCACGAUUGCUUAAUUACAGAUUCUAUGAAAAGUAGGCGGGCACGUUAAAGAGAGGGGAGGGAGGAAGAAAGUGUAGAAAGAAAGGAAGAGAGGUGGACAAAUCCGCGCCGAAGUCGGUGAUAUGUGUCGCGCUGGCUCCCGGAGCCUCGAUGACCUUGACCCCGCGAGCAUGAAGCACCCAUCGAGGUCAGCGGGUCUCGAGGUUGCUAUGGCGCUUUUCGGCAUGGUUUGGCUGCUGCGCGUCCGCUCUGAGAUGCGUCGUUGCUCGAAAUGUCGGCACGAGGAGAUGCUCGCACAGCAGCAGCAACAGCAUCAGCAGCAGGUGCAGCUGCAGCAGCAACAGCAACAGCAGCAGCACCAUCAUCAUCAUCACCAGCAUCAUCAGCAGCAACGUACUCCCCUGUCGCAGGCUACCAGCUUGCUGCAGACGAUGUCCGACGACGGCGUCAGCUCGUCCGCCAACACCCUCUUCACGUUGGAUACUCCUGGAGCGGCUGGCCCGGCUGGAAGUUACUGCGAAGUGCACGGAUACGUUCAGGCGAAAGAAGAUAUCCAGGAGUUUUACGAGCUGACGCUGCUCGACGAGUCGAAAUCGGUGCAGCAGAAAACGGCGGAGACGAUCCGCAUCGCGGACAAAUGGGAAGCCAGCGACGGGCCAAUCACGCCGACCUUUGCCCAGAACGACGAUGGACCAGCCUCCGCCUUGCCGUUGACCCAGACUCUGUCGAACAUUUAUGGCCGCAGAUCGGCCAGUCCCGAUGUUCCAGGCUCCAAUCUAGAUGAAACUCAGAAAACAAAGUUUGAUGGCACGGGGGUGGAGGAACAAUUGCCACCGCCACCGUCGCCACCCCAGCUGAAAGAGGCGGCCCAGCUGGGGGGGUAUGAAAUUCCCAGACUGCCAGACGAUAUCCCGCACAGUCAUGAGGCGCUCAACAAGAGUCAUGACAGCUGGCAAGGACACGAUAGUGACCAGGCACACACCCCUCUUCUCGCGGCCGACACGAGACACGUGAACGGCGACGAUGAGUGGGACUACGAGGACAUCAUUUUGGAGCGGGGCGGGCAGGGCCUAGGUUUUAGCAUUGCCGGCGGCACGGACAAUCCCCAUUACGGCAACGAUACCGCCAUUUACAUCACUAAGCUCAUACCGGGCGGCGCCGCGUCCGCGGACGGUCGGCUGCGUGUCAACGACACGAUACUGCAGGUGAACGACGUGUCCGUUGUCGACGUACCGCAUGCGGCCGCCGUAGACGCGCUCAAGCGGGCCGGCAACACCGUCAAACUGUACGUGCGCCGACGGAAACACACGCAGUUGAUGGAAAUCGAGCUGAUCAAGGGUAACAAGGGCCUUGGCUUUAGCAUCGCCGGCGGUAUCGGCAAUCAACAUAUACCAGGUGACAAUGGAAUCUAUGUGACCAAAAUCAUGGACGGCGGGGCCGCGCAGGUGGACGGCCGCCUCGUCGUUGGCGAUAAAUUGGUAGCCGUCAGGAACGCUCUGCAGGGUGAUAAAAAUCUGGAGAAUGUGACCCAUGAAGAGGCAGUGGCGACCCUGAAAGCGAUCCAAGAUCGCGUCGUCCUUCUGGUUUCCAAGACGGAAAGUGGAAUCGUCCCCCCGCCUCCUCCUCCAAUAGCGACGGACAAUUCUCUCUCGCCUCAGCCACGUAAGCAGAACGGCUCCGUGUCCGUGAUGGAAAACAACACCGCGGCUAUACCGUAUUCGCAGGAAUCACGCCACGCGUCCUCCCUCGCUCUGCACGGCACCGGGACACCGCGGGCAGUUUCCCAAGAGGAUGUGUCACGGGAGGUUCGUACCGUUGUAUUGAAUAAAGGCUCCUCUGGUCUGGGCUUCAACAUCGUCGGCGGUGAAGAUGGCGAAGGCAUCUUCAUCUCGUUCAUUCUAGCCGGAGGUCCGGCCGAUCUUAGCGGUGAAUUACGCAGAGGCGAUCAGAUAUUGAGCGUUAAUGGUAUCAAUCUCCGAACAGCCACCCACGAGGAGGCCGCCGCGGCUCUUAAGGGUACUGGUCAGACAGUGACAAUCGUGGUGCAAUACAAACCGGAGGACUACAACAGAUUCGAGGCGAAGAUCCAGGAUCUUAAACAACAAAUUUCGCAACAGAAUGUGAUGACAGGCACCCUCAUGAGGACCUCCCAGAAGAAAUCACUCUACGUGAGAGCGUUGUUCGAUUACGACCCCAACAAGGACGACGGUCUGCCGAGCCGCGGCCUGGCGUUCCGUUACGGCGAGAUCUUGCACGUGACGAACGCCAGCGACGAUGAAUGGUGGCAGGCGAGAAGAGUCACCCCACAGGGCGAGGAAGAAGGUCUGGGCAUAAUACCCUCGCGCAGGCGAUGGGAACGUAAGCAACGUGCCAGGGACCGCUCCGUCAAGUUCCAGGGGCACAUGCCGGUCAUUCUUGAUAAGCAAUCAACUCUAGACCGGAAGAAGAAGAACUUCUCGUUUAGCAGGAAGUUCCCAUUCAUGAAGAGCAAAGACGACAAGUCUGAAGAUGGCUCCGAUCAGGAACGAACGCCCACCACACCCGAGAAUGAGAACGAUCCCACCCCAUUCAUGCUGUGCUACACCCAGGACGACACUAACACUGAAGAUUUGUCUUGCGCUACAGGGAGUAGAGAAAUUUUGUUUCGCGUUCAGCUGCCAUAUAUGGAGGAACUCACGUUAGUUUAUCUGGAACAGGAGGGCGACGAGCCCAAUGACCAGCUUAGCAGCGAAGAGAACGUGCUCUCGUACGAGGCCGUGCAGCAGUUGACGAUACAGUACACGCGUCCCGUGAUCGUUCUCGGGCCCCUCAAGGACCGCAUCAACGACGAUCUCAUCUCCGAGUUCCCUGAUAAAUUCGGCAGCUGUGUUCCACACACGACUAGGAGUAGAAGAGAGUAUGAAGUGGACGGACGAGAUUACCACUUCGUGGCGUCGAGGGAGCAAAUGGAGAGGGACAUACAGAAUCAUUUGUUCAUAGAGGCCGGACAAUAUAACGACAAUCUUUACGGGACAUCCGUUGCGUCUGUGCGAGAAGUGGCUGAGAAGGGCAAGCACUGUAUUCUUGAUGUGAGUGGGAAUGCUAUCAAGAGGUUACAAGUAGCACAACUUUAUCCCAUUGCCAUCUUUAUCAAGCCGAAAUCGGUGGAGUCUGUCAUGGAGAUGAACAAGAGGAUGACCGAGGAGCAAGCGAAGAAGACAUACGAGCGAGCACUCAAGAUGGAACAAGAAUUUGGUGAAUACUUUACUGCCGUCGUUCAAGGAGACACUCCCGAGGAGAUCUAUGUGAAAGUGAAGGAGGUCAUCUCCGAGCAAUCAGGACCGAACAUCUGGGUUCCCUGCAGGGAUCAGCAGCUGUGACGUCCUGCCCCCCACGCUCAGCACGGGCCCAACGCCUGGACCCUGCCACCGAGGCGACAAGCUUAAUUAUUCACGAUAAAUACGAUUAAGUAACGCUCUAACACCCUUUCCUCUAAUCCCUUUUUCCCUCCUGUAUCCCAUAUCCAUGUAGCACAAAGUCCCUACUUAAGACGCGUAACACGACGUAAAAAUCGCCGCAGAGAAUUUAAGCCGAAAGAAUACUUAAAUGAUAGGGCACACACGAUAUCACCGACCAUUUUUCCCCGCGGAGAAUUGAUAAAGUCAGUCGGGAUUUAUUCUUCUCCGAGUUCAAAAUCUAAUGGAAGAUCGUCGAGAGGGAAACGAGGAGAGCUGAGCACACUCGCGCGUGCUCGUCAUGUUGAAUUUUAUCGCAACCGAUGUUUCUGAUAUAUAUAAAAAAAAAUCGACAGAGAGAAAUUCGUAAACUUUUAUCGCAUGAUCGUUGAUUAUUCGUAUGUGAUCGUCCCUAAUUUUAUUAAUUAACCUCGCGAGAGAAUUUAGAGGUGUUGUAUGUACAAUUGCUCGAGAAGAUUAUAGAUCGGCGUGCGCCGGAAUCGAGUCGGCCGGCAACUCGGAAGAGUUCGCUCGAACUCGACCGAGCCUAUCAGCUGCGAAAUGCGAACGCUUUUUCGGUCAUGCUCGGGCGCGGUAUUUUUUAAUGUACUUAAGCGCAGUUAGCGCGUCGGGAAAUGUCGAGCGGAUUCGACGACCUCGACGGGAAAAGGGGGAACCGCGGGUAUAGGAGAGAAAACCGUAGCCCCUCACGACGUUGUGUAUGUGUUAAACGAACCUCACAGGAUUAAAAGAAACAGUAAAAAAAAAAAA